UGUCCCAUGACAAAAGCAGUUGGUUCAUUUCAGCUUGCAACUCAAUUAUAUCCGUGCUUUUUCUCCAGGCAGUUUCUGCUGGUAUGUGGCAGAAAUGUGUGUUUACUUCCUAUUUUGUCACACAGGUAUCAAGAUGUAAUAAAAUGAAGAAUUCUUACUGCUUCAUUAAGAACAUUCUUAAAUGAAAGUGGCUAUCCCCAGUUUGAUGUGGUGAGGAAGAAUGUGGACUAACAGCACAGUUUGGUACCAUGUAUUGCCUUGUGUGAUUCCUGCUGAGGCUUCAGCUGUGUCUGCUCACCAUUGCUUUCACAGUGCUAAUGAUGCAAAAGAUGUGAUGGAGUUGCUUGAAGAAGACCUUACAUGCCCAAUUUGUUGCAGUCUGUUUGAUGAUCCUCGAGUUUUGCCUUGCUCGCACAACUUCUGCAAAAAAUGUUUAGAAGGGAUCUUAGAGGGGAAUGUGCGGAAUUCAUUGUGGAGAUCAUCUCCAUUCAAGUGCCCCACAUGCCGUAAGGAAACUUCAGCUUCUGGAGUUAAUAGCCUGCAGGUUAAUUACUCCCUCAAGGGUAUUGUGGAGAAGUAUAACAAGAUCAAGAUCUCUCCCAAAAUGCCAGUGUGCAAAGGACACUUGGGGCAGCCUCUCAACAUCUUCUGCUUGACUGAUAUGCAGCUGAUUUGUGGAAUCUGUGCUACCCGUGGUGACCACACCAAACAUGCCUUCUGUUCUAUCGAAGAAGCCUAUGCUCAGGAAAGGGAGGCCUUUCAGUCCCUCUUUCAGAGCUUUGAGACCUGGCGUCGGGGAGAUGCUCUUUCUCGCUUGGAUACCUUGGAAACUAACAAAAGGAAAUCUCUACAGUUACUGACUAAAGAUUCAGAUAAAGUGAAGGAGUUUUUUGAGAAAUUACAACACACAUUAGAUCAAAAAAAGAAUGAAAUCCUGUCUGACUUUGAGACCAUGAAGCUUGCAGUUAUGCAAGCCUAUGACCCAGAGAUUAACAAGCUCAACACCAUCUUGCAGGAACAGCGAAUGGCCUUUAACAUUGCUGAGGCCUUCAAAGACGUGUCAGAACCAAUCAUAUUUCUGCAGCAGAUGCAGGAGUUCAGGGAGAAAAUAAAAGUAAUCAAGGAAACUCCUUUACCUCCCUCUAAUUUGCCCACAAGUCCUUUAAUGAAAAACUUUGAUACCAGUCAGUGGGAAGACAUAAAACUAGCAGAUGUGGAUAAACUUUCUUUGCCUCAAGACACUGGCACAUUCGUUAGCAAGAUUCCCUGGAGUUUUUAUAAGUUAUUUCUGGUUGUCAUUCUGCUUGGUCUUCUCAUUUUCUUCAGUCAUCCUAUAUUUCUAGAGUGGUCUUUAUACGAUGAAUUCUUAAUUUGGAAAGACCAGCUUUCACACUUCAGUUCCUAUCUGACUAAAUCACCUGAUUUUGUGGAACAGUCAGUUUUUUACUGGGAACAGGUGACAGGUGGGCUUUUCAUUUUCAGUGAAAGGUUCAAGAAUUUUACUUGGGUGGUGCUAAAUAAUGUGGCAGAAUUUAUGUGCAGAUAUAAAUUAUUAUAAAAUCUGUUUCAAGUGCAUAGUUCUCUUUUGUUAGACAUUUGUUAGAGAACAGUGGCUUCAAAAGUAUUUAAAAAAGAAUGUCUUAACACAUGUUCAAAUUAGGUAGCAUAAAGGUAAGAGUGAAACUUAAUAGUACAGUCCUGAACCCUCCUUCCUUUUAAAGAGUACUUUUGAAAUAGGCAUCUUACCCCCAAUAUUGAUUGCAUUUAUGCUAUGUUAAAAGAGGAGGUGAGAGAGCACAUGAUUUAAUAUUGUAUUGAUGAGGUAAUAUAAUAGUGAUUGUUCACUUAAGCAUGUAAUAAAGACUGACUACUGUUGU